UCCGGACGUGGGGCAGGACAGUGGGGCAGUGGGGCAGCGUUCGGACAGUGGGGCAGCGUUUAAAUCCCCCCUCGGCUGGGCCGAGCUGCCCCCCUGAAAGAAGAGUGGGACAGAUGUCGUCUUAUGAGAAUGCAGCGGAGCAGGCGGAGAAGCCAGCCGCGCUCCUGGGGCAGCUGGACGAGCCCGUGGUCUGGCUGUCGGCAGCGCAGGCGUCGGUCGUCGCCGCGCACCCCGGGCUGGCGGCGCUCGGGCUGGCGCUGCCGUGCUGGGCCCCGCAGCGGCUGGUAGGCCGGGCGCUUGGCCACGACCCCGGUGGCGUGGACGCCGCGGUGGCGCAUUUAGGGAGGAGCUACGCCUGGGCCACUGAGUUCGAGAACGUCCACUCGUUCUGGCGCUACGACGAGCCGCCGCUCACGAUCGGCGGGCGGGUCUACGCCGGGUCGGAGGCCUACUACCACGCGCAGAAGCCCCAGCCGUGGGACAAAGCGCUCUGGGACCGGCGGAAGCGCCGCGUCAUGGAGACAGCGGUUAGGGCGAAGCUAGCGGCCGACCCGGGCGGCCUGCGCGAGCUACUGCUGGCGACGGGGCAGCACCCGCUGCUCAGCCUCAAGCGGGACGCGGUCUGGGGCUUCGACCCGGUCACGGCCCGCGGGGAGAACCUGCUGGCCGAGAUCUGGAUGCAGCUGCGCGCCGAGCUUCAGCUGGCCGAGAGCGGCUCGCUCGCUGUCGCCGACGCGGCGGACGGGGGAACCGAGCUCCGGCCGCCGCGGGAGCCAAUUGAAAGCAAGGAGCCGAAGCUAGCCCGCUGCGAGGUGCUUCUCUUCGCCUGCUCCCGGUCUCCCGAGCUGGCGACCACCAUGGGCGAGAGCUUCAAACCGGGGUGGGCGGAGUACAUCGCCCUGCACGACCUUCUUCUCGCGAGCUCCACGCCAUUCCUCAUGUUCGACAACAGCAGCUGGUGGGAUUUGCACCCUUCGUCGCACAUUGACGCCUCGCCGCUGACCGUCGACAAGAUCGCCGAGGCCCUGCGUACGCACCGCCCGCGCAUUGUCCACGUGGGCAUGCACGGCGAUCCAGCGGGCUUUGCGAUGCAGUGGGACGGCGAAAAGCGGUGUCGGGUGCGUUUGGGGGCGAGCGAUAUCCGAGAGCGCCUCGAUCUGCGCGGUGCAGUUGUUGUCUCCUCGGCGUGCAGCACCGGCUCGGUAGGCCUCGGCGAGGCCAUCUUGGCAGCGGGCGCCAUCGCGUACGUUGCACCGCGGACAAAAAUCGCGAUCAAUCGGCUCGGAGGCUUCAUGAGUGAGUUGAUGCCACGCUGCGCUCGCGCGCUCUCCGCUGCCGACGUCCGUCGAUGCCUCGCAGAGGCUCUGGACGCGCCGAGCGCUGACGGGCCCACCUUUCGAGAGUGGUACGGCAGCUUCUUUGUCUUCGCCCGGGACGCACCUACACUUGUGAUUGGCAUCUCCGGCUGCACGCGCAGCGGCAAGAGUACGUUGGCCUCGGUGCUGGCGAAGGCGCUCGGAGCGUCCAAGACGGCCGUGAUCCGCCAGGACCGCUUCGCCUCGAAAGGGCUGGCCGCCCAGGCGGAGGGCGGCUGGGAGAGCACCGACUCGAUCGAUUUCAAAGCCUUCCGAGACGUCGUCGUCGAGGCGAGCAAGUCAAAGCACUUUGUCAUCGUCGAGGGAUUCCGCGCCUUCGCAAGCCGGCCUCCGGGUGGCGUGGUCGACUUGCUCCACCACCUCGUCUGGAUCGAGCUUAGUAGGGAGGCGUGCUACGAGCGGCGCAUGGCAACGACUCGCGUGACGGAGGAGUACUUCGACCGCAACCUGUGGCCUCGGCAUUACAAAUACUGGGAGAGCUGCUUCGGAGAGGGCGGACCGAUGCCACAGCUCGUACUCGACGGCACCAAGCCGCCGACGCUCCUUCUGCAACAGGUGCUCGUGGCGCUGGGUUUGCCGGCGCCCGCCCCCGCCCCCGCGCCGCCGCCGCCCGCGCGGCCAGCGAGCGCCGCGGCAGCGUGGUUCGACGGCUCGCUAAAAAAACUGCACGACGCGCUCGCCGACGUAGAGCCGGGCACGCGCGUGGGCGUGGUGACGUUGCUCGGCUCGCUCUGCCCCGUGACGCGCGGGCACACACGAGCCUUUAUCGAGGCGCGGAGGAUAUUACUGGGCGUGGAGGCCGGGGUGGCCCGCCCGGCGAACCUCGAGCCGUUUGGUGCCGUUCUCGGGCUGAUCUCGCUCAACGGAUCGUCGUACGUCGACCGGAAGCUUGCGAAAAAGGGCGAGGCGUCGCUGAGUGCGGAAAAGCGGCUGGCGCUGGUGAAGAUGGCGGCGGAGGAGCUGCCGUGGCUAUCGUGGGAGUCCUGCCGCGAGGGCGAGACGGUCGGGCUGCUUCGGCAGACGCACCCGCACCUCCACUUCGUCCACUUUUUCAUGAACGGGGCGGACGAUGUAGUGCGCUAUAACAAGUUUGCGGAUGUCGGGCCGCAGUACCGGAUGAUCGUGUUGGGGCGGCCGGGAUUCACGGAAAAGGCGCUCGCGGGCGCGCGGCGGGCGGGCGUAGACCUGGACGCGGGCCAUCUCGUGAUGGGGCCCGAGCUGCCCGACAUCUCCUCGUCCGCCGCACGCGAGGCGCUCGCCCGCGGCGACCGCGCGCGCGCCGCCGCCCUCCUGCACCCGGCGGUGCUCGCGUGGUGCGAGGAGCAUGGCCCCUGGCGCGCCGGUACCGCGUCGGCGCGAGACGGCUCCAGUGUGUCGACACACUAGCACGAGAUAGGGU